GUGUUUCUAAUGAUCAUUUCCUUUUCUACGUUUGAUUUGGUGUUUGAAAAUCUGAUCUUUGGUGGUCGAUCAUGGAAGAGGAAAGUUUGAGCUGGAUUUUGAGAUUUGAGCAUCGGAAGGGAAAGAUAAGGACUUUAUGGUCGUGGAAAUCUUGCACUAACUCUUGCACCAGAAGAACAAGGGCAGUGAUAGAGUUCUUAAGCCUAAGAGAGGAAGAUAGAGUGAGCGAGAGGGACAAGGAAAGCUCGAAGAGGUCUGUGCACCUGAGCAAAGUGAUAUUAAACUUGUGUCUGGAUGCUCCAUCUUCUGUGGUAAAAAUGUGGAGAGGGACGAAGAUCUGCUACUGGUUUGAAAGAGGUUGAGAAAGAGAAGGAGAGAAUGUAAAAGUGCUGGUCGAGACUCUAAAGGAAGAGAUUACUACCGGUUAUGGGUCUUCUCUAAUGGUGGACGUGAGUCGAAUCUAAAUGAGAUCCAUUGGAAAAGUAGGAAACCCAGAAGCAUGUGAGAGAGUGCUGUUGGGAAGAAUGAGAAGAGAAUUUGGUGACCGGAUCUCCACCAAUGGGAUUUAAUCCCAAAUCUUUCAGGGCUCUCGAUCUGUGGCUCAAGGUGCAUUCUUCAGAGUUUGCUAUACCGUUGCAUCUGCUCUUGUUGACGCCAAGCAAUUUUGGUUUUUGGGUUUUUCCUUUUUAGUCACAUGGUGGGAUUAGAAACAUGAAUUGUCAUCUUCCAUUCAUGCUUGCCAGAGGCUGGCUUUCUUUUAUCUUUUCUGAUUUAAUAUUUUCUUUACUCCAGAUGCUUUCUCAUAUUUCAUCCAAUUUUUUCAUUUUCAUGGCUAACUUGCACUUUAGUGGUUGCCAGCAGUUAGGUGGAGGUCAAUAAGGUCAUUGUUCUUAUCAUUUCUCCUCAAUUUGUCUCUUUAAUGACUAUGUAAGGUGUAUAAAAUGUUAAUUUGGCGGGUUAAUUUUGAUUUUGGGGUUUAAUAUGAUAACAUUUUUUCUCUUUCCUUAAGAUUUUCUGGAAAAAUUGCAAUUGUAAUGGAUUUUUUUAAUCUUUUUCUACAACAUUUGGCACUUAUAGACCCUUGCUUCUUUGCUAUCAUUCUACAAUUCUUAGCACUAUUACCAGGUAAUGGUUGUGGAUUUUUUUUUUUCUAAUUUUUUUUUUGGUUUUGUUCAAUGGAUUAUAUAAAGAAGCUUAUAAGUUGUAAUGAAAAUGGUUAGCAUUUAUUCAUUUGGGAUGUGCAUUUUCGAAAUUACCUUUGAAUGUCCAUAUUGUAAAUGCACUAGCUUAAAUUGACAAGAAAGUUAUCUUUGAAAAUUUGAUUCUCUUUAAACUGUCAUGGUUUUUAUUCUUUAUUUUUUAAUCAUGGUAAAGUGCUUGGAUUCCAUUGACAUGCUUUAUUUUGUGGGGGUAAAAACCGGUUUGUGAGGCUCUGAGCUAAAGAGUUGUUGAAUGAGCCUUUUCUUUAGACUAAUGAUUAUGAAUCUGAUUUGAAACCUCUAAUUUUUCUCUUUGGCUAUGUUGUUUAUCUUAUAGAUUGUGUAGGGUAUCAUUUUCUUGCAUUUUCUAGAUCAGCAAUGGCGCACCAGUGGCUUUCAAGUGCCUCAUCCCUGUCCAUCAUCAAGCAUGAGAAUUUAAAAAUACUUCAAACUUAACCCUAAGCUUAACCCUAAGUUUGGUUGUUCAUUUGCUAGUUUUCAGCUUCAUGAUGCUUUGAAUGUGUGAAGAGAGAAAAAGAAGAGAAAAGGAGAGAUUAUUGAAUGAGUGUUGGAGGGUACUGGUGUACUGCAAUAAUAACUAGAUCAUAAUCUAAUGAGAAGAGAAAUAAAAGUACGGUUUUUUAUAUUGAUUGUCUUGAGAAAGUAGGAUUCUUCUAUAUAUAGAUAAAGAGAAGAGAGAGGACACUAGUUGGGAAGAUUUUGAAUUCUUUAUUCCUUUGUUUUAUUUUUUGUUUAUUUUCAUUUUUACCCCCCAAUUUGUGUUCU